AUGAAUACUAAUAAUGGAAAGAAGCCUUACAUAUGUAAGGAGUGUGGGAAGGCUGUCUCUCAGUCUUCCAACUUUAUUCGCCACUUCAUGAGUCAUACUAAAGAGAAACCUCAUAUAUGUAAUGAGUGUGGGAAGGCCUUCAAAUUAAUUUCAAAUCUUAGUAAACAUAGGAAAAGUCAUUGUGGAGAGAAACCUUAUGCAUGUGAGGAGUGUGGGAAGACCUUCCCUAUUGCCUCACGCCUUAUUAGACACUUGGUAGUACAUAGUAGAGAGAAACCAUACACAUGUCAGGAGUGUGGGAAGGGCUUCACUCAGUUGUCAAGCCUUUAUGUGCACAAGAGAAUUCAUACAGAAGAGAGGCCUUAUUCAUGUCAGGAGUGUGGGAAGGCUUUCACUACUUCCUCAACCCUGUAUGUGCACAAGAGAAUUCAUACAGGAGAGAAACCUUAUUCAUGUCAGCAGUGUGGGAAGGCCUUCACUCAUUCCUCAGCCCUUUCUAUACACAAGAGAAUUCAUACAGGAGAGAAGCCUUAUACAUGUCAGGAGUGCGGGAAGGCCUUCAGUUCUUCCGCAGCCCUUUCUCUGCACAAGAGAAUUCAUACAGGAGAGAAGCCUUAUUCAUGUCAGCAGUGUGGGAAGGCUUUCCGUCAAUCCUCAGCCCUUUCUGUGCACAAGAGAGUUCAUACAGGAAAGAAGUCUUAA